AACUGUCUUCGGAGGAGGAGGGAACAGAAAGUGCUUCUACUGCACUUUUCAAAGAAAUGUGCAAAAUGGGUUGAAAUGCACAUUUUUGCUGGAAAAUAUCACCCUGAUAAAGCUGCUGUAAGUCAUGCCACUAACACGUUCAAUGAUAACGCUAUGUCUCACUUUAGACAAAUUUUAAAACAUCUGAGAAAGCAAAUGUCAAUUUAAAAAUUUUUAGUAAGGAAAAGAUCCAGUGAGUCUAAACCGGGUGUCAGUGGUGUAAAACGAUCAAAGGAAGGAAUGGCAGGAGAGGAGUCACCUACAGUGAUUCUGGAAGAGGGCUACAGAACACCUGAACAACAGUCACCUAUUGUGGUUAUUGAAGGGGAUUCCCCAUCCAAACCAUGACUAUCAUCAUUGCAGCAGUCUCCACAGGAAGUUUUCACAGAAGUCAAACGGUUAAAGCAAAUUCUGGAGAUGCAGUAGAGACCAGGAAAAAUAUGAAUCUUCUUUUGAAUAAGGAGAACAGUGGAUAAAAUGUGUUUCUAGAUUACUUGCUUCAAAUUUCUCAAAAGGCAAAAUGCGUAAGAGGGAGAUAAGUGUGUGUCAACAAACUUGGGCCUUAUUAUGCAAGAACUUUCUUAAGAAAUGGCGAAUGAAAAGAGAGUCCUUAAUGGAAUUGUUGAGCUCAUUGCUCCUACUCCUUUUUCUGUACCUAUAUCCCAAGAGUCAUGAAGUUAAUGAUUUUUCUUCACUGCCUACCAUGGACCUGGGAAGGGUAGAUUCAUUUAGUGAACCUUGGUUUACUAUUGCAUACACACCUUUCACCAAUACAACCCAACGGAUAAUGAAUAAAGUUGCCUCAGCCUCCUUUAUGAAAGAUAGAGAAAUCUUGGGACUGUCUGAUGAAGAAAGUAUUAAACAAUUAACGACAUAUUAUGCUGGAGAAAUAGUAAGAGUCAUCUUUACUAAUACAUUCUCAUAUCAUUUGAAAUUCUUGCUGGGACACAGAAUUCCAACAAAGAAGGAACACAGGGACCAUACAGCACAUUGUUAUGCGUUGCCUGAAAAUGAUGUUUACUGUGGAGUUAUGCAAUUCUGGAAGAAAGGUUUUGUGGCUCUUCAAGCUGCCAUUAAUGCUGCUAUUAUAGAAACCACAACAAAUCACUCAGUGAUGGAGGAAUUGAUGUCAGUUACUGGAAAAAAUAUGAAGAUACAUCCCUUCAUUAGUCAAGAAGGGUUAAUUACUGAUUUCUUCAUUUUCUUCUGCAUUAUUUCCUUUUCCCCAUUCAUUUACUAUGCAUCUAUUAAUGUUGCAAGAGAGAGGAAGAGGAUGAAGGGCUUGAUGACGAUGAUGGGCCUUCGAAAUUCAGCGUUCUGGCUCUCCUGGGGUUUGCUGUAUGCUGGUUUCAUCUUCAUUAUGGCUCUUUUCUUGGCAUUUAUUGUAAAAUCUGUCCAGGUUGUCAUUCUAACUGGCUUCAUGACAAUCUUCACCCUUUUUCUCCUCUAUGGAUUGUCUUUGAUAGCUUUGGCUUUCCUAAUGAGCGUCUUGAUCAAGAAAUCUUUCCUCACUGGCCUCGUCGUGUUCCUUCUCACCGUCUUUUGGGGGAGCCUGGGAUUCACAGCGUUGUACAGACACCUUCCUGCAUCCUUGGAGUGGACUUUAAGUUUUCUUAGCCCCUUUGCCUUCAUGGUUGGGAUGGCCCAGCUUUUACGUGUGGACUAUGAUUUGAAUUCUAAUGCAUUUCCUGAUUCAUCGAACUACUCAAAUCAAAUAAUAGCAACAAAUUUUAUGUUGGCUUUUGAUAUUUUCCUCUAUCUGACAUUGAUGAUUUAUUUUGAAAAAAUUUUGCCAAAUGAAUACGGACGUCGACUUUCACCCUUGUUUUUCCUGAAGUCCUCAUUUUGGUCACGACAACAUAAGGCUGCUCGUGUGGCCUUUGAAAGUGAAAUAGAUGUUGAUCCUUCAUCUAAUGAUUCUUUUGAACCAGUGUCUCCAGAAUUCCACGGAAAAGAAGCCAUCAGAAUCAGAAAGGUUACAAAAGAAUAUAAAGGAAAAUCUGAUAAAAUCGAAGCUUUGAAAGAUCUGGUAUUUGACAUAUAUGAAGGCCAAAUUACUGCAAUACUUGGUCACAGUGGAGCUGGAAAAUCAACACUCCUAAACAUUCUUAGUGGGUUAUCUCUUCCCACCAAAGGUUCAGUCACCAUAUAUAAUAAUAAACUUUCAGAAAUGGCUGACCUAGAAAAUAUCAGCAAGCUCACUGGAGUUUGUCCACAAUUCAAUGUACAAUUUGACUUCCUCACUGUGAGAGAAAACCUCAGGCUGUUUGCUAAAAUAAAAGGGAUUCAGCCACAGGAAGUGGAGAAAGAGAUACAAGGAGUUUUGCUGGAAUUGGAAAUGAAAAAUAUUCAGGACAUCCUUGUUCAAAACUUAAGUGGUGGACAAAAAAGAAAACUCACCUUUGGGAUUGCCGUUUUAGGAGAGCCUCAGAUUUUCCUACUGGAUGAACCAACUGCUGGAUUGGAUCCCUUUUCAAGGCACCAAGUAUGGAACUUCCUAAAAGAGAGGAAAACAGAUCAUGUGAUCCUCUUCAGUACCCAGUUCAUGGAUGAGGCUGACAUUCUGGCUGAUAGGAAAGUGUUUCUCUCCAAAGGGAAGCUGAAGUGUGCAGGUUCUUCUCUGUUUCUGAAGAAGAAAUGGGGGAUUGGAUAUCACUUAAGUUUGCAGUUGAAUGAAAUGUGUGUUCAGGAAAAAAUAACAUCACUUGUUAAACAGCACAUCCCUGAUGCCAAAUUAUCGGCAGAAAGUGAAGGAAAACUUGUCUAUACAUUGCCCUUAGAAAGAACAAAUAGAUUUCCAGCACUUUAUGAGGAGCUGGAUUUCUGUGCUGGCCUGGGCAUUGAGAAUUAUGGUGUUUCCAUGACAACGUUGAAUGAGGUGUUCCUAAAACUAGAAGGAAAAUCAACUGUUAAUGAACCAGAUGUUCCCACUUUGGGAGAAGUACCAGCAGAAAGAGCUGAAGACACAGAAAGUCUUGUUGAGAUGGAAGUUCUCUCUUCACUUAAUGAGAUGAGAGAAAUAGUAGGUGGCAUGGCUCUAUGGAGACAGCAAAUCUGCGCAAUUGCCAGGGUUCGCUUGUUAAAGUUAAAGCAUGAAAGAAAAGCUCUUUUAUCACUGCUGUUGAUUUUAGCAGUUGGAUUUUUCCCUGUUCUUUUGGAGUACAUCAUCCUGAAAAUAUAUCAAAGCAGUUACACUUGGGAACUUUCUCCUCAUUUAUACUUCCUUGCUCCUGGACAACAACCACACGAUCCUCUCACUCAAUUAUUAAUCAUCAAUAAAACAGGGGCAAGCAUUGAUGACUUUAUACAUUCUGUGGAGCGUCAGAACAUAGCGUUGGAAGUGGAUGUAUUUGGAGCUGGCAGUGGCUUAGAUGAUCCGUCUUAUAAUGGAGCCAUCAUUGUGUCUGGUCAUGCAGAGAAUUACAGCUUUUCAUUAGCCUGCAAUACCAAAAGACUGAAUUGCUUCCCAGUUCUCAUGGAUAUUGUUAGCAACGGGCUGCUUGGAAUGGUUGAACCAUCAGCACGUAUCCAAACUGAUAGAAGUACAUUUUUGGAGGAACAAAAUAAUCCAUUUCAACUCCUGGUCCCUGCCAUGUUCUGGUUGAUUUUGGCAUCCAGCUGUGCUCCUUAUAUAGCCAUGAGCAGCAUUGAUGAUUAUAAGAACAAAGCUUGGUCCCAGCUUCGGAUUUCAGGGCUCUUCCCUUCUGCUUACUGGUUUGGGCAGGCGCUGGUGGAUGUUCCGAUGUACUGGUUGAUAUUCCUUUUCAUGUACCUGAUGGACUACAUUUUAAGCCUCCACGAUUCUAUUUUUAGAAGUAUAAAUCAGAUUAUGCAAAUCCCAUGUGCCAUUGGUUACGCCAUAUCACUUAUCUUCUUUACAUAUAUAAUUUCGUUUAUUUUUCGCAAGGGGAGAAAAAAUAGUGGCAUUUGGUCAUUUUGCUUCUUUAUUAUCACCUUCUUCUGUGUGGCUAUUUUUCUGGUGGAUUCCUAUGUUUCACUGUAUAUCAUCACCUUUUUAAUACCACACACCACGUUAAUUGGCUGCAUGUUCAUAUCUAUUCGUCUUGUUUUGUUUCCUCUGUUUAGUGGAGAACCAGCAGGUGCAGAGCCCUUUCUGGUAUUCCUAAUUCCUUUCCUUCAUUGUAUCAUCUUUGUUUUUAUUCUUCGAUGUCUGGAAUGGAAGUUUGGAAAGAAAUCAAUGAGAAAGGAUCCGUUAUUUAGAAUUUUCCCAAGAAGCAGCGACGUAUGCCAAAAUCCAGAAGAGCCAGAAGGAGAGGACGAAGAUGUUCAGAUGGAAAGAGAGAGAACAGCAAAUGCCUUGAGCUUCACAAACUUUGAUGAGAAACCAGUCGUCAUAGCCAGCUGUCUACGCAAGGAGUAUAUAGAGAAGAGGAAACACUGCUUUUCCAAGAGGAAGAAGAAAAUCGCCACAAGAAAUGUCUCUUUCUGUGUUAGAAAAGGUGAGGUUUUGGGAUUAUUAGGACACAAUGGAGCUGGUAAAAGUACAACCAUUAAGGUGAUAACUGGAGACACAAAACCAACUGCUGGACAGGUGCAACUAAAAGGGAGCAGCGAAGGGGAACCCCUGGGGUUCCUGGGGUACUGUCCUCAGGAGAACGCGCUGUGGCCCACUCUGACGGUGAGGGAACAUCUGGAGGUGUUCGCGGCCGUGAAAGGGCUGAGGAAAGCGGACGCUGCCGUAGCGAUCACACGGUUGGUGGAUGCGCUCAAGCUGCAGGACCAGCAGAGGCGUCCGGUGAAGGCCUUAUCCGAGGGAAUAAAGAGAAAGCUGUGCUUCGCGCUGAGCAUCCUGGGAAAGCCGUCGGUGGUGCUGCUGGACGAGCCGUCCACUGGGAUGGACCCCGAGGGGCAGCAGCAGAUGUGGCAGGCGAUCCGGGCCACCUUUAGAAACACGGAGAGGGGCGCCCUCCUGACCACCCAUUACAUGGCAGAGGCUGAGGCCGUGUGUGACCGUGUGGCCAUCAUGGUGUCCGGAAGGCUGAGAUGUAUUGGUUCCAUCCAGCACCUGAAGAGCAAGUUUGGCAAGGAUUACCUGCUAGAGAUGAAGGUGAAAACUCCCACCCAGGUGGAGCCCCUCCACACCGAAAUUCUGAGGCUUUUCCCCCAGGCUGCUCGGCAGGACAGGUACUCAUCCCUGAUGGUGUAUAAGUUGCCAGUGGAAGAUGUACAACCUUUAGCCCAAGCUUUCUUCAAACUAGAGACGGUUAAACAGAGCUUCAACCUGGAGGAGUACAGCCUCUCACAGUCUACUCUGGAGCAGGUUUUCCUGGAGCUCUCCAAGGAGCAGGAGCUAGAUGAUUUUGAUGAACACGGCGAUCUCUCAGUGAAGUGGAAGCUGCUCCCCCACGAAGAGCCUUGAAGCCCCGCCUACCCUAUGUUUCUGUUCAAGCCUGUGGUUGUUUUUUAAGACAUUUAUUUUCAUAGCAUCAAUGUAUAUUUUUAGAAAUUAUAUUGUAAACCCUGACAUGGUUGUCCAUGUGGUGGAGAGGAGGAGUGAGGGCUGGGCAAAUUCAGGGACAACAUGAACAGAGGCUCCCAACUGAGCCCUGUUCCCAGUCACAGCCUCCGUAUCUCUGCAGGGCACCCUGAUCCUAUUUUUCUGUAUAAUGCUGAAUAAAUCCAUUUACUUGU